AUGUUACUUGCAGUUCUACUGCGUACAAUCGUCGCACUACUUGAUCUUGGUAUUAGUUCUCAUUCCGAGGUGAGCUACGUUACUGAUGCGUUUGAGGUGGCGGCGGGUGUGGAAUUCAUCCGCGAUCAUUGUUAUGGUGGUGUUUCUCGUCACAUCUGCCCUCUUCUACGUUGCUGUAGAUGGGAGGUCGGUGUAAUGGCACAUUUCAUAUGA